AUGGGGACCAACGCAUCUACAGUGACCGAGUUCGUCCUCGUGGGCUUCUCGCGCCUGCCCGGCCUGCAGGGCGCACUCUUCUCGCUCUUUCUGGCCGUCUACCUGCUCACGGUGACCGGCAACCUGCUCAUCGUGGCGCUGGUGUCAGCCGACGCCGCCCUGCAGUCGCCCAUGUACUUCUUCCUGCGGGUCCUGUCGGCGCUGGAGAUCUGCUACACGUCGGUCACGGUGCCCCUGCUGCUCCACCAUCUCCUCACGGGCCGGCGCCGCAUCCCUCGCUCCGGCUGCGCCCUGCAGAUGUUCUUCUUCCUCUUCUUCGGGGCCACCGAGUGCUGCCUGCUGGCGGCCAUGGCCUACGAUCGCUACGCCGCCAUCUGCCACCCGCUCCGCUACCCGGUGCUGCUGAGCCGCCGCGUGUGUCUGCGGCUGGCAGGCUCCGCUUGGGGCUGCGGGGCGAUGGUGGGGCUGGGCCACACCUCCUUCAUCUUCUCCUUGCCCUUCUGCGGUCCCAAUGCCAUCCCUCACUUCUUCUGCGAGAUCCAGCCGGUCCUGCAGUUGGUGUGCGGGGACACGUCGCUCAAUGAGUUGCAGAUCAUCCUGGCGGCCGCCCUCAUCAUCCUCUGCCCCUUUGGACUCAUCCUGAGCUCCUACGGGCGUAUCCUGGCCACCAUCUUCCGGAUCCCAUCCUCCGCAGGCCGUCGCAAGGCCUUCUCCACCUGCUCCUCCCACCUGCUCGUCGUUUCCCUCUUCUAUGGCACAGCCAUCUUUAUCUACAUCCGCCCAAAGGCCAGCUAUGACCCCACCACUGACCCUCUGCUGUCCCUCUUCUAUGCCGUGGUCACUCCCAUCCUCAAUCCUAUCAUCUACAGCUUACGGAACGCUGAUGUCAAGGCUGCCCUGAAGAGAACUCUCCAGAAAAUGAAGCCUUCAGAUUUCUGA